AUUUCUUAGACACCAAUACCCUUGUCUCUCUCUCUCUCUCUCCUCAUUGUCUCUCUGACGACUUAAGAGCAGCAGAAUCUAGGGUUUGUUAACAGUGAAUCUUUUGCUUCCUCCACAAUAAUCGCCUUCUGAAGAAGAAGAGUAAGAAAAGCAAUAACCUUGGAGAAAUGGCAACUGAGAAUCCUAUCAGGAUGUCUGGAAACAGUGAAAGAUGGUCUAAUUCUAGGCCGGUUUCUGCUCCUAAUCGAAGUGGAAGUGCGCCUCCGAGCAUGGAGGGGUCUUUUCUAGCUGUGGAUAAUCUACUGUCACGACAAGGCGGUUCUGGUUAUAAUAACUCGAAGCUACCGAGCUUUCAAAACCAUGGCUUUGAGGAAUCUGUGACCGCUCAUCCUACUUAUUCGUCUAAACACAACCUUAACCGCUCACCUUCUCCACCUAUUUAUUACCCUACUGAGUAUCACUUCAUAGACAAUCGUGUAGGUAGAUUUAGAAGUAAUAGGGGAUUGAAUAAAGUUAAUUCUCCCAUUCAUUCGUCUCAAGGUACACUUUCUUCUCACCAGGAAGUGUCUGAGGAUGAGAGCAAUCAACAGUUACCUGUUAAUAGUGUUUCAGAUAGGACAAAUGAAGUGGACAUUAGUCUUUCGUCUGGUUCUCAAGGUUUGGAAGAUUCCAGGCAGGAUGAUAGUUCUUCUGGUCCUACCCCUCAACAUAGUCGGUCUAACUCUUCCAAUGGUGAAAUGAACACAGCGGAUGAGAGUGGUAACUUCUCGGAGAUGUCAGAUGAUGUCAUGGUUAAAGAUAAUGCUGCUUCAGUGACUAGAGCUUCCGUUGGCAUUGAGAAGAGUCCCGAUGAAUCGGCCAUCAUCUCAAAGAUGAAGAAUACUAGCAUAUCUGGAUCCGGAAUGGCUAAAUACUCUCGAGAUCCAAAGUAUGCAAGGCCAGAAAGGCAGAUGUAUCAACAACAAAACAAUGUAACCUGGGUUCAAGGUGGCGUCAAAAUGGGUUCCCAUGGUGUAAACGAUGCAGUGACAGGGACCGGACAGUUUCAUUAUGGUCAGCCUGUGCUUCAGUCUUCAGGCUUUACCCCGCCUCCGUUUUACGCUGCUACACAAACGCCUUAUGUGGCUCCACCAACUCAUGUCUAUAACAUGCAGUCUCCUGCUGUUUACUCUCCUCAAUAUGGUUAUGGACCAUACACUAACAUGGUCCCACAGUUUGUACCUGGAUACCCUUCCCAUGGUUCUGUCCCGCUUAUUGUUGGUCCAGAUUUUAGUCCUCAAUUCUCUGGGCCAAGUGCUGGAAGUUUAGUCCAGGGAGGUGAAAUGCAGUAUGCAGAGAAGUACUAUGUUCCACAGGGGCAACCUUCUUUUCAAGAUCCUAUGUAUAUGCAGUAUAGUCAACAGUCGUUCGGGCAGAUGAGCCCGAUGGCUCCUAGAGAGAACCAUAAGAAUGCUCCUGAGUCUCAGAAAGAUGAGCCGAAGUUCGUUAGGCAAAUAAGGGGGUCGAGCAACUCUAACAUGGGUAGAAUGGGAAUGAUGGGUCUUAAUUAUUAUGGAAUGCAGCCAAAUAUGGGCAUUAUGGUGCAGUAUCUGCCUACACAGCUCGGUCCUCGUCAUUCACCGGGCUCUGUUCCCUAUGUAGAAGCAUAUCCUGGAUGGCAGCCACAGGGGAGUUUGGAAGGUGCAAAUGGCUCGAGGUUGUGCAAUUUUCUUGAAGAACUGAAAUCUGGGAAAGGCAGGAGGUUUGAUUUAUCUGACAUCACAGGACACAUUGUUGAAUUCAGUGCGGAUCAGCACGGGAGCAGAUUCAUUCAGCAAAAGCUUGAGAAUUGCAAUCCAGAAGAAAAAGCAGCUGUCUUUAGGGAAGUUCUUCCUCAUGCUUGCAAACUAAUGACAGAUGUGUUUGGCAAUUAUGUUAUUCAGAAGUUUUUCGAAUACGGAAACUCAUCACAGAGAAAGGAGCUCGCGGAUCAACUCAUGGGACAGAUAGUACCACUUAGUCUGCAGAUGUACGGUUGCCGAGUGAUACAAAAGGCUAUUGAUGUCAUAGAACCUGAUCAGAGAGUUCGUUUAGCACGUGAACUUGACGGGCAGGUCAUGAGAUGUGUUCGAGACCAAAACGGAAACCAUGUGAUCCAAAAAUGCAUCGAGAAUAUCCCGGCAGACAAAGUUGGAUUCAUGUUAUCUGCAUUCCGUGGUCAAGUUUCCUCGCUCUCCAUGCAUCCUUAUGGCUGCCGUGUCAUACAGAGGCUUCUGGAGCGUUGCUCAAAUGAGCAUCAUUGUCGAUUCAUUACGGAGGAGAUACUGGAAUCAGUAUGCGUCCUUUCCAAGGACCAAUAUGGUAAUUAUGUCACGCAGCAUGUCUUGGAGAAAGGGACAUCUGAGGAAAGAGAGAGAAUCGUGAGGAAACUAUCAGGGCACAUAGUGCAGCUUAGCCUACAUAAAUUUGCAUCAAAUGUUAUAGAGAAGUGUCUGGAGCAUGGUGGUCGAAUUGAGCGGGACAUCAUCAUUAAAGAGAUUGCAGGACCCGACGAGAGCUAUGAUAGUUUAUUGAUGAUGAUGAAGGACCAGUAUGGAAACUAUGUGGUGCAGAAGAUAUUCGAGACGUGUACUGCUGAUCAGCGUGCGACAUUGUUCAGCCGAGUCAGAAUGCACGCUUCUGCUUUGAAAAAAUACACAUAUGGGAAACAUAUUGUUACUCGUUUGGAACAGCCCUUUGGUGAAGAAAGCCAAGAACAGAGGCGAUGAGUUGUGGCUGUUCUGAUUCAAGACACUGGCUGACGCAGAUUUAGUCGAUAUAAUUCGCUUUUCAAGAAAGCUGGAGAUUCAUUGGAAAGGUUUAGUGGAAGCAAAAUGAUUGUGAAGAAUGUUGUUUUACUUUGGAAUUUUAUCAUAGCCGUUGUGAUGAUUGUGUGGCAUGUUCGUAAAUAUUCAUCAAUGUAUCAGUAGUGUACUCGUAUUUGUAAUUGGUUUGUGGGCUUCAUCAUUAAAGACAAUUACAAACUUUC